AUGUCUGGCGGAAAAACUGAAGAAGGGAAGGAGGAAGGGCGUAGUUCUAGUUCUAUAGAAGUCAUUACUGGUUUCCUUUCCGGUUUAUCUUCAGGCUCGUCAAAUUCCAGCGAUGAAGAACGUGAGAAAUCCUCUCAAACAGCAGGAGACGAAGAUGAAAACAGUCAGGAAAAUGUUAAUGGCGACAGUGUGCCAAGUGAUAAUUCUAACAAAUCUGAGGAAAAUAGCAGUACAUUUCAUAGGCAAAGCUCUAUAGAUGUUAUCACAGGUUUUUUUUCAAAUUUUGCAUCAAAAUCUACUGAGCACGACAGUACAGAUACAAGAGAUGAUGACAAUAACGAGGGCUUAGAAAAUAGACAUCAUGAAGAAAAGAGCCCAGAUGACAAAUCCCUUCGGCCGGAAGACCAGGAUGCAUCUGAUGACACAAAUCACACACAAAGUUCUCUUGGUGUUAUUUCGAGCCUUUUCUCAAGUUUCACAUCGAGUUCUACUGAGGAAGACAACAACAGCAAUAGCGAUACUAGCACAGGUGUGCACACCGAACAUAGUUCAGAAAUAGAUAAUCAAUCAAGCCAAUCUGAUUCUGAGUCAGCGGAGGAUAAUGUUGAACAUAGACGAAGCUCUCUAGAUGUAAUAACUGGAUUCUUUUCCGGUUUAACAUCGAGUUCAACUGAUCCAGACAGAGGCACAGAGAGUGAAAACACACAUGACAAAAGUCCAGGGCAAGAAAGUAUUCCUGAUGAUACAAAGCAAAGUGAACUAGAAUGUAUUAUUGAAGCAGAUGAUAAUGAUGCAGAUACUACAGAGAGUAGACUAAGGGCAUCAAGUUCUAUCUAUUCUGAACCAGAUAAGAUAGAAAAAGAAGAUUUGGACUGUGUGAUGUAUAUAUCUUCUUGA